AUGACUGACGGGCAAUCCAAGUGCGGCAUCGGAAUGUUGCCUACUGCCUGGCACCAGAUUGCGACCUUCUCGAGCGUACCCCGGACUUUAGAGCUUGAGACCGGCCGACCAGACGAGUCGAGGCAAACUUGGAAGCAACCAGCCCAAGGCUCAGGGUCCAGCACCAACUGCCAACUUGACGGGGGUGAAGUUGCGAAUCCCGACCCACCCCGAGAAGCCAGCAAUUCAGUCGAGCCAGUGACGGCGCACCGGUGGAGGAAGAUUGACACCAGCAAGCACGCUGCCACGCUGCCAAUCUCUACGGAUAGAACCAGCGGAGGGUCUUUGGAGGAGAGAGAGAGAGACAGCGAGAUCCGGCCGUCGGCCACAUAG